AUGAAAGUUGCACCAGAAAAUAAAAAUGAAGUCAGCAGUGUUAGCAGCAAAAUACCAGUUGAGAUCACUAGAGAGCAGUUGAGUCAGAUUCCGGUGAAUGCAAAAGUGAUUCCAAUUGGGAAAGAGAAAGGAGAAAAACCCGGAGGUGUCCGCUACAUUGUGCUAAUCCUCACAAUGACAUGUCUCUCCUUCAUGAUGUCCAAUGUCAUCUGCUUCAACUUCACAGUACUCUGCAUGCCGGGAACUGGGGAAUCCUCAGAACUUUCAGAAAACAAAACCCAUUAUAUUGGAUACAACAGGAAGGAAAAAACCUGGCUGUUCAGUGUGGUAGCAGUUGGUGCCAUGUUUGGCCUGUUUCCAGUUAUCAUCGGAAUAUCCACCUAUGGUAUUCGCAAAGUGUUCUUUGCUGCUGGUAUGCUGACGUCAGUGACCACGUUUCUGGUUCCGAUCAUGGCGCCGAUAGAUUUCAACCUGUUUUUGUUGCUGAGAUUCUUGCAGCUUCAGGGUAUUGCCUAUGCAGCCUGCAUGCCAGCAGUCGGAGCUAUCACCUCUUCUUGGGCAUCCAUGACCCAGCAGGGGCUAUUCAUAGCCGCUCUUACAACAUUCGGACAGCUAUCUUCUGUAUUCUCGAUGCCGGUGGCUGGAGAAUUGUGUGUGUCUCCGUUUGGCUGGAAAUCUGUCUACUUUCUGCAUGCGUUCAUAUCAAUUAUAGUCUUUUUAAUGUGGUUUGCUGUUUUUACAGAUUCUCCGAAGGACAAUAGAUUCGUAAGAACCAUGGAGCUCGUUGAAAUUCAAAAAGGGAAGUCUAACGCCGCCACUGCUCAAGUCCACGAACAAGAACCAACACCCUACCUGGAGAUUCUAACCACUCCUUCAAUAUGGGGCGUCUGGAUUGGUGCCCUAGGUGACCUCAUCGCUGUUCAACUCAUUCACAUCUAUUCCCCCGUUUACCUUCAUGACAUUGGAGGGUAUUCAGUCGAGAAAACCGGAUUCGCCGCCGCCGUUCCGGUUUUGUUCCAGUUUUUGAUGAAGAUGUUCGCGGGGCACUCCAGUGACAGAAUCACUGGAAUAUCCGAGACAACGAAGCUAAGGAUCUACAAUAGUAUUGCUCUGGGAGCAAGUGCCGUGUUCCUAGUGGCUCUGGGAUUUGUGAAAGAGGGACAAGGAAUGGCUGGAUUGAUUUUAAUGACAUUGGCCACUGCAAUGUUCGGGUUUAAUGGAGGUGGAUUCACCAAGUGCGCCGCCCUCGUUUCCCGACAAUACAGUCACUUUGUCAUGGCCAAUGUACAAUUCCUAUUGUGUCUCUCCAUGCUUCUAUGUCCCCUACUUGUAUCCUAUCUCCUUCGUAAUGGAACAAUUGCUGAGUGGCGUCUUGUAUUCUUUGUUCAUGCUGGAAUUCUAGUCGUUUGCAAUUUCAUCUUCUGUUUCCUGGCUACCGCGAAGCCUGCACCAUGGACAGAUAGGACUUUGAAACCAUCGGCUUCACGAAACACUCCCUUGUACACUUUGAAGGCAUGA